AUGCGUUCACUAAUCUUCAUAUACAUCGUGGCGGUGGUGCGUUGUGAAUAUGAUUUUAAGAGUGAUUUUGUAAGACACGUGCGCCAUACUGGCAGGACCCUCAUAAGGCAUGGGAGGUCCCGAGUGCACCUCACGAGGUUCCACAGGACUCGGGAGCUGAUCGCGCAAAACAUAGAAGCCGAGAAGGGUACUGAAUUAGAAAGUAUCGACAAAUCCGGAGAAGAUCUUGUAGUGGCAGCUCUAAGACCUUACGGAGCUCCGGAACCGCCAGACGACGACCACUCAAAGGUCGUCCCAGACGUGUUUCAAAAGCUCUUCGGAAACUUCACAACUUACAAUAAACACGCAACAACAACAGAUGUAUCACUAAUAGACCACUUUUUAAACGUAGAGCAUAGUUAUGACAAUGAGACUCAAAGAAUGUUAGUGGAAGGACUGAACACGGAAAAAGAUAGUGUAAAUGAAACAGUGAGUGAUAGCGAUAAUGUGACAGUAUCAAAACCAAGUAUUUUCGAAGAUGUAGUGACUAAAUUUCUUAGACUAAUUGAGACUCAACAUUUGUUAGGCGAAAAUUGUACAGCUGGUACACAUUUAAAUUUAGGUGAAGGUGUAGUGGACAGAUAUGCUCAAGAAAGAUUUAGGAUAGAAGCGGACGUCGCUGUGAACAGAGCUAAUAUGUUAACUCGGUUGUGGAAGUAUGCUGGGCCUUCGGUGAUGCAUAAUGAAUAUUUGUUACAUGCUAGUGUGUUUUCUAUGGUGGAGUUUGAUGAUGAUAUUUUUGCCGCCGGCAAUUGUUAUGACCAGUACCAGUAUAAGGACUAUCAGCUAUUCUGCCCGUUCGCGUACAGAUUGCCGGAAGGACCGAUAUUGGCAAAGGAUCUCGCCGUGGAGUACAAAUAUUUGAGCAACACUUCAGAGUGGUUUUAUAUUGCGAGGAAGAACGCCGAGCGCGUUAUUCGGAACCACAAUCAGUUCAGGAGAGGCUACAACACCUACACGUACAACGACACCGCCCACACUGCGCGUGAGUUCGACGAAAUCCUCUCAGUGACAUAUGAAGACGGGAAAUGGUCGAAACCGUACUACGAUUGUGGUGGUGGCAACAUUUGGAUGUUAACCUACACCGUACCAUUUUUUGGCUACAAUAAUGGGACAUAUUUCUUCAAGGGAACCAGCGGCAUUGACAUAGAUCUUCGGAGGGUGGACAUUGACCAGUGUCCUCUUAAACCUGGUUCUACACAGCUGAACAUCUUCGCUGGCACCGACAAAUGCAAGAAGGCCACCACUGAGUGCGUUCCAGUGCCUGGUCUGGGUUUCCGCCGAGGUUCGUAUAGAUGCCUCUGCAAGCGAGGUUUCUACUUCCCCAACACUACAGCCGACAACCGAUACUACAACGGUAGCGACAUUGAAGAAGAGUAUGAAAAAUUUUUAUUAAACCAAAAGAAUCUCUACUCCAUAACGUUAGCCUUCGAGUGCCUGCCCUGCGCAGAAGGGUGCGAGGCCUGCGUGGACGGGUCACCGUGUGUGGCUGCCCUUAACUGGGUAGUUCGAACGACCAUCUUCGCCCUUGCAUGCCUGGUCAUCUCCUGUUUGCCGUUCAUUGUUUACUUCACUAUCAAAUAUGGACAUGUUAGGGUGGUUCGAGCAGCAAGUCCAGCCCUUCUUCGGGUCAUCGUCCUCGGAGCAUUGCUGAUCUACUGCACGACCUUGGUGAUGUACGGAAGACCGACCGUCCUAACAUGCACAGCCAGAGUCUGGUUGCGAGAGGUGGGGUUCUGCCUUACCUACGGCGCUUUGAUGUUGAAAACUUGGCGGAUAUCAGUGAUCUUCCAAGUGCGUUCAGCAAAAGCAGUUAAAAUCUCCGACAUGUAUCUACUAAGGCGUAUUGGCAUCAUCGUCGGAGUGGCUUGCGUGCUGCUCGCCAUAAGGACUCUAGUUGCUCCCCCGGCUGUCAUAGUUGGGCGAACCAAGGACGACCUAAAGGCGUACCUUUGUAAUACUGACUGGUGGGACCAUUCUUUUACUACGCUGGAAGUAAUAUUUCUGAUGUGGGGCAUCAGGCUUUGCAUCAUGGUGCGCAAGGCACCUUCGGAGUUCAACGAGAGUCGGUUCAUCUCCAUGGCGAUCUACAACGAAUUUCUGCUCUCUGUUUUUCUUAACAUUUCCAUGUAA